AAUUUUUGCUUGGGUAAUUUUUUUUUAGUUGUUAAUUUAUUGUUUCUAAAGCUGUACGCUGUGCAGCACAACCCUUAACAAUGACUUGAGACCACUCAAACAUAAACCAAAUAUUUUUUUUUUUUUUUUUGCACGUGAAACAUAGUGAUAAGGAUAUACAGCAACGUGAAAAAGUGAAAACGGCCAGAGCGUUGCAGUGAAUUUUCCAUUAAAUGAUGAAAUCGAGGAUUAACGCGGUCUAAGCAUGUGUAACUGAUCACCAGGAGACGGGUAAUAGCAGGUAACUAGCCCAGGCGGCACCAGGUAGCGCAGCGGGCGGCGUGGCGCGGGCCAGCGAGGAACUUGGCCAGCGGAGUCUCACUUGCGGGCAGCUAAACGUAAACAAAACAAAAGACCGGCGUGCGUACAGUCCCGGGCAUUAGAAUAUAGCCACCAUGCUGGCCCAGACGGCCUACCUGAAGGUGACGCGCCUCUCGCUGCGCUCCGCCUCGAAUCUCUCCAAGCGGCGGGUGGAGGAGCUGAACUCUGGCAUCGGUGAGCUGCGCCAGCUGCUGUCCUGCGUCGUCUGCUGCCAACUGCUGGUGGAUCCGUACUCGCCCAAGGGCAAGCGUUGCCAGCACAACGUUUGCCGACUGUGCCUGCGCGGCAAGAAGCAUCUGUUUCCCAGCUGCACGCAGUGCGAGGGGUGCUCCGACUUCAAGACCUACGAGGAGAACCGCAUGAUGGGCACACAGCUACUGUGCUACAAGACGCUGUGCGUCCACCUGCUGCACUCGGCGUUAUUUGGCCAGCUGGCCGGGAUGCGGCCCCAGGUGGGCAGGGAGCUGGUGCCGCGCAUCAAGCUGCCGCCCAAAACCACACAGGAGUUUAUUCGCGAGGGCUCAAACAUCUCCGACACGUUCGACACCUUCCUUCCCCAGCCGGAUCUGCCGUUCCUCAAAGACAUGCCCACGUCGCUGCCCGCCGAGACGCCGCCCACCACGGCGGCCACUACUCCGGAACUGCCCUAUGAUCAUCACCUUAACAUCAGUGACAUUGAGGCGGAGGCGGCGGCCACAGCGGAGCAGGGUCACUUCUCGCCGCUACCACUGCUGCCCACAGGAUCUCGCAUGGGUCUGCUCUCCCACGCCGGGCAAAUAGUCAUUGCCACCGAGAGCUCGGAGUCGGGCUUCAUGGAGCAAGCGUGGACGGAUCAGGUGGACCUCUCCGGCGCGGUUUCGGUGUCCAAUUACCCCAAUAGUGGCAGCAACUUUGCCGUGUCCUACGUGAUGCCCACCUCUGCGACCACGACAUUCGAUCCACAGGAACUGCACAUCGGACAGGUGGUGCAAAUGGCGGACUCCACACAGUUGGCUGUGCUAGCUGCCGUUGAGGAGACCGUGGAAACGUCUACACAGUUGACCGUGCUCUCCACCAGCGUUGAGGAGACCGUUGAGGAAACUAUUGAGACGGUUGAAACAUCCACCCAGCUGGCAGUGGUGUCCUCCGCUGAGGAACACAACGAAAUCUCUAGUCAACUGACUGAGCUGGAAGGCACGGAAACCGUCGAGGCUACGGGCAUCGUUGAAGAGGCCGAAGACACCGAAGAGACCUCAAUUCAGUCAGAGGUUGUGGCUGAGCACAAGGAGGACGAUCAUCACAUGGAGAUGCACACUUCACAGUCACCUGUGUUGGCAGAAGUUGAGGAGUCAGUGGAGGAGCAUGUUACCACAAAAACGCAAUUGGGCCAGGUGCAAACAGAAUGGCAGGAUGAGGAGCUGUUGCAGAAAGACUGUGAGGUUGCAAAGACGGCAGCUGAAGAGGCAAAGGAGAAGGAGCAGCAUCCCAGUACGGAGCUGCAGAAGGAUGACAGUGAAGAGCCAACGCUCAAGCGAAAGAGAACCCGUAGUCUAAAAGCGUCACAAGCUGCCAAAAUUGAGCCUGCGCCGUCUGAUGUCAAGGCGAAAAUGCAGGCUGGAAAGGGGGCUUUCCGCAGGAUUCGCGGCAAGGACAAGGAGGAGAAGGUGAAGCCUCCGAAGCCCAAGUGCCGCUGCGGUAUCUCCGGCUCGAGCAAUACCCUAACCACCUGCCGGAACUCACGAUGCCCCUGCUACAAGAGUUACAAUAGCUGUGCCGGCUGUCAUUGCGUGUGCUGCAAGAAUCCCCACAAGGAGGACUACGUGGAAAGUGAUGAGGAUGAUGAUUUUGAGGAUUUCGAAAUGCUCAAGGAAGUUCCAGAGCCGAUGACUCAAUCGGAGGAACUACCCGCUGAUGCCAGGCAGGAGGAGAACAGUCGCGACUGCGCGCCGCCAGAUUCUUCGGGCGACGGCAUAAGCUUAGUGCCGCUGAACAAUUUGCAGCACUCCCAGCAUCCUUUGGUGCUGGUUCAGAACGAGCUUGGCGACUACCAGGGCUUCAAUAUCUUCCAGGGCAGCAAGCCCGUUGAUCCGGCCACCGUUGGCUUCAUGCGCGUCCAGCUGCAGCACAGCGAUGGCAACGGUUCCGUUCCCCAGUAUGCUUACAUGAUGCCACCGAUCACGGUGCCGAAUCUAUCAGCUCCAUCACUUUCGCCACCGCCUCCUCCUGCUCCGGACAGGGAAGUCAUCGAGCCACCGGCGAAAAAGUUCAGAACCAGUAGAACACGCCGAGGAAGGGCCAACUUCUCGGGCCUCGACACGGUGGAUGAGCUUGUCAGUGGCGGAUCCAGGAGCAAUUCUGCCGCUGGCGACAGAUCAUCGGCCACUGACAAUGCCCACUCACUGUUCGAGGAGAUCAUGUCGGGCUCGGAUGACUUGUAAGCUCAUCCUAAACUCAUCCCUAGAUGUUGUCUUGUCUUUUUUUUUUUGUGUGUGUGUGUGCUUAGUGAUGUCCAGAUCCUUUACAGGAUAUAUUUGUCGUACGUUAUGGAUGGCUAAAUUCAACACUGAAUUGUAUUCAUAACGUGGCAUCGUCAUUGAUCCUCUUACUUUUAAGUUAUGGUUUCGUUGUGUUAUAUAUCCCUCUACCCAAGCAACUUCCACUCAAAUGAACUCCCAAAUAUCUUUUAGGAGCAUUCUACAUCCUGAGGAUUUCCCACUUCCCUUUCUGUAAUCAACCAGCAAACGUUUCCAAAACUCAAUUUUUUUUAAUACGUAUUAAGCCAAAAGUCUUAUGUGUAACUAUGUGAAGCAAUUCUGCAGCUGCCGCAAAAAAGAUCUUUUUAAGAGCAAAGCAAUAGUCAAAACUAAAGAAUAUUUUCGUUUAACGAACAGCGAAUUGUAGAAUUACUUAAAUGCUUUGCCCAAAAUGCGGAUGCUGUGAGCCGGAAAAACCCUUUUUUUUUUUGUAAUCUAAGAAAUUUUUUUGAAUAGGCUAAGACUUUUUUUGAGCAUGAAUUUUUUUGAGCACGUGAACCUAGGAUUAAGAACAACAAUUCAAGUAAGCCAUAUAUACCCAUAUUAUAUAUGCAAAAAUAUAACUAAUAAAUAUUUAAAUAAAUAUGAGCAUUGCUACUCUAAAAAA